AUGGGCAGUAGUCCAUGCCUCUACUGCGGACGACAGGACAUCGAAGGCACCAACUGGCAGACGAGACCCAGGCAGAAGUGACUCACUCUGUUUUCUACAGUGGACACUGAUGAAAUAGCAGCCAAAAAACCGAGAUUAGAUUGCUUUAUUCACCGAGUGAAAAACAGUCUCUACAAUGCUGCCAGCUUAUUUGGAUUCCCACUCCAGCUGACCAUAAAGCCCGUGGUCACUUCUGCUUGUAAUGGAACAUGGAAUGUGGUUCCUUCAGGAAAGGUAUUUUCCAACUCUUCAUCUUCUGAACUGACAGGUUCUGGAUCCUGGAACAACAUGCUGAAAAUGGGUAAUAAAUCUCCUAAUGGAAUAAGUGACCAUCCAAAGAUCAGAGUGACAGUAACUCGAGAUCAGCCACACAGAGUCCUGCCUUCCUUUGGUUUUACUUUGAGCUCAGAAGCCUGUAAUAGAAGACCAGGUGGCCGUCGCCAUAGCAAAGGCAAUCUGGAGAGUUCCUUAACGUGGAAGCCUCAGGAACAGGUUGUAACAGAGAUGAUUUCUGAAGAGGGUGGCAAGGGUCUGAGGCGUCCCCAUUGUACUGUGGAGGAGGGUGUUCAAAAAGAGGAAAGAGAGAAAUACCAAAGGUUAUUAGAGUGACUUAAAGAAGGUGGUCAUGGAAACUCUGUUCCUCCUGUAACUUCAACUCAUCAUAGUUCUCAAAGAAGUCAGAUGGACACAUUAAAGACCAAAGGCUGGAGGCAAGAGCAAAGUCAUGGAGUCAAAACAACUCAGUUUGUUCCAAAACAAUAUAGAGUUGUUGAAACAAGGGGACCUCUAUGGUCAGUGAGAAGUGAAAAGAGGUGUUCAAAGGGGAAAAUUUCUGAUACGGAGAAGACAGUUGGAAUCAGACUUGAAAAUGAAGGUAGGAGGGGACUCCAGCUGGAACCUGACCUACCUGAAGAAGUGUCAGCACGACUCUGCCUGGGCAGUGGAAACAAUGGCUUACUCAGGAGGAAGAUGUCAAUACUUGAGACAAAAGAAAAAAAUUGCUCAAGCAAAGAGAGGGAUAAAAGGACCUAUGAUCUUCUUGAACUUACAGAGGACAUAGAAAAGGAAAUCAGUAAUGCUCUAGGCCAUGGCCCACAGGAUGAGAUCCUAAGCAGUGCUUUCAAAUUACGAAUCACUCGAGGAGAUAUUCAGACCUUGAAGAACCAUCACUGGCUCAAUGAUGAAGUCAUUAAUUUUUACAUGAAUCUCCUGGUGGAAAGAAAUAAAAAACAAGGGUAUCUAGCACUUUAUGCAUUCAGUACUCUCUUCUAUCCAAAAUUAAAGUCUGGGGGUUACCAAGCAGUGAAAAGAUGGACCAAAGGGGUCAGUCUCUUUGAACAGGAACUUAUUCUGGUUCCCAUUCAUCGGAAGGUACACUGGAGGCUGGUAGUGACAGACCUAAGAAAAACGUGUCUUAAAUAUCUGGAUUCUAUGGGACAAAAGGGCCACAGGAUCUGUGAGAUUCUCCUUCAGUAUUUACAGGAUGAAAGUAAGACCAAAAGAAAUACUGACCUGAAUGUUUUAGAGUGGACCCACUACCGCAUGAAGGCACAUGAGAUUCCUCAACAGUUGAAUGGGAGUGAUUGUGGAAUGUUUACUUGUAAAUAUGCAGAUUAUAUCUCUAGGGACAAACCCAUUACAUUUACUCAGCACCAGAUGCCUCUGUUCCGGAAGAAGAUGGUGUGGGAAAUCUUUCAUCAGCAGUUGCUGUGAGAACG